GCAAUCAUACAGUGUUUUUGUUUUCGUACAGUUUUUAGUUUGGGAGCAGACUUGAAGAGUGUCAGGCGAACGAAACGAUGACGACGCCCAAUUUGUAUGACGAAAAGGAGGUAAUGGAGGAAUUCAUUAGCUGCUAUCGUCACUUUAGCGCCCUCUGGGAUAAUGGAUCCAUGGACUAUCUGUCGAAAAAGAAAAAAGAGCCCGGAUAUCAGGAGUUAUUAAAGAUAUUGAGACGGGUAAAUCGUGGGGCAAGCGUACAGGAUGUAAAACGUAAGAUCAACUCGUUACGUUGUUGCUAUCGACGGGAGAUCAAAAAGAUACGGAUGUCGUAUAAUACGUAUGAGCCGCGUCUUUGGUGGUUUCAUAUGAUGGACUUUCUUAAGCCGGUGCUCAAUUUAAACGAGGUGGCAACUUCUUCACCCGUCAAACGUGAGAGUCAAAGUCUGUAUGACAGUCUCGACGAGGCGAGCAUGCAAGAUGAGGAUAUAUUUGCUGAGCCCUUUCAACCCGAGGAGGAUAUGCUUGUCCUCGAGGGGGUGGGCGAGGGGGAAGGGGAUGCCGAUGUCGAUGCGGAUGUCGAGGUGGAGGAGGAGGAGGAGGGCGGCAUGGAUGCCGAAACUGAGCUAAAAGGUGUAUUAAAAAUGGAAAACAAAUAUCAGACACAUUCCAAUAGCAACAACAACAACAAUAAUAAUAACAGCAACAACAACAACAACAAGCAUGCAUAUUCACGUUUGCAUUCACAUUCACAUUCGCAUCCUUACGGCACAAAUCAAACAUCGCAAUCGCAAUUGCAGUCGCGUCGCAGCGGCAGCGGCGUCGGCGUCGCUCCCGUUUCAGCAACACAAUCGUUGCGUCGACGUCGACGCAGCAGCUAUGCGGAUGACUAUGAGGAGGAGAGCAGCGCAGUUGCAGCGACGCCAACAGCGACAGCGAAGAAACGUCGCCAGAUGAUAGACCAGAUGGUUAGUCGCAGCGUCGAGCAUGCGGACAGCGAAUGCGAUUUGAUUGGCAAACGGAUGGCCGCCCAUUUCCGUAACAUGCGUCCCGAUCAACGACUCUACGCCGAGCGCAUCAUCAGCGAGGUUCUUGUCUACGGACGCAUGAAUCGUCUAUCGCUCGAUGCCCGUUUCCUUCCCAACGGCGGUGCCACCUCCUCAACCACCCCCACCCCCCACACCACUAGCAACUCCAAUACCGAUGAGGUACUAUAUGGCAGGGAUGAUGUCAAAUAAUAAGACCCUAGUGCUCCUUAAGUUAAAUGACCAAGAGAACAGCAUAAAAGAAGAAGAAGCAGAGAGUAAAAGAGAGAUCGCGGGUGCUGAGAAACAGCUGGCGGCAAAAAUGUCGCUAACGUUUUCGCGACAUUUGCAAUUUAUGCUACAUCUUAUACCCUCUAGCCACUACGGCCUGUUCCGGUUUCACUUUUGGAAAGAUUUUCCGGAACCACUUACAAAUCUUUGUUUUUAAUCAUUUUUAAUAUCAUGAACCAAAUCUUUUUUCAUUUUAGUACAAAAUUUUUGAAUUGAAUUUUCU